UUCACUGGGACGCCGCGCGCUGCUGCAGUCCCGUCACAGCCCCGAGUACACCUGUAGUGUCACUCAGAGAGGCACGAGGCUGGGAUUAAAACAAGUCAUCAGAUCGAUCAAAUAUGAGCGGAGCUGCUUGGAAUCAGGGUGCAGGAGCAACAUAGACGCGUGGUGUUCAGGACAAAAGGAGGUCUCGCUUGAAAUUACGAUGCAUCUCACAGCGGUCAUCCUAAUUGUGGUCGUGACUGGACUCGCAAAAGGUUGGGAUUGCGGUGCAGGGUGCAACACAGAAAAUGGGUUCUGUGAGAAGCCAGGGAAGUGCAGGUGUAAACCAGGCUGGCAAGGAGAGAACUGUGAUCGGUGCGUGCCCUUCCCCGGCUGUCUGCACGGGAAAUGCGAGAGGGCAUGGCAGUGCCUGUGCGAGGAGGGCUGGGUGGGCAGCCUCUGUGACCAAGAUACGCGACUCUGCUCAUCCAGACCCUGCACUGGAAAUGCCACCUGCAUAGAGACAGGUGAGGGGGGGUACCUGUGCAUCUGUCCCCAAGGCUACAGCGGGGAGAACUGCCAGCAGAGGAAAGGACUGUGCCAGACGAACAGCUCUCCUUGUCAGAAUGGAGGGACAUGCACGGAUGUCGAUGGCUCAGCAGGUUACUCUUCCUGUUUAUGUCCCCCUGGAUUUUCUGGAGACUUCUGUGAGAUCAGCAUUGACAGCUGCCAGCCUAACCCCUGCCUCAAUGGUGGCAACUGUACAAACCACGGCCUGGCCUUCACCUGCGUCUGCCCGCACGGCUUCACUGGCUUCACUUGUAAUGACACCAGCAGCCUCUCGCCGUGCGCUGGCAAGCCCUGUGCCAACAGGGGCACGUGUGUCGGCCAACCAGAUGGAACCUUCCGCUGCGUCUGCCAGAAAUGGUUUACGGGUCCCACGUGUUCCCUGCAACACAGACCUAAGGCGAAGCCCAAGCCGGUCAGCGUCAGGCCUGUUGAUCACAGAGUGUUCGCUCUGACUCCUCAGCACUACUCUGUCCCUGCUCACACCUUCCACAAGCUCCUCCGGCCGCCCGAGAGGGACCUGCUCAAGAUUACCCUGAAGGAGACGGUGCACUCCCCGGGCCUCCUCAUCACCCACGGUCAGAUUAUCUGCUUCGGCAUGCUGGCCCUCCUUACCUGCCUGGUCAUCCUGGGAACCACAGGUAUCGUGUUCUUUGGCCGCUGUGAGACAUGGAUGGCUAAUGCCAAGUACAGCCAGCUUGUUCGACAACAGAGGGAACACCUGCUGAGAGAGGCCGGUGCCGCCAGCCAGGAGGAGCCAGAGCACUCGGUAAAUAUCAUCCUGCCGGAGAAGAUUAGACUCACCAGCUUUGGGAGACAUUACACCUCGAUAUAAAUAAAUGGUUUCUUCUCUGCGUCACUCUGAGAGGAGUUUAUGAUGAAUGUCUAACAGCACGAAGGAAAUGCUAUGACUGUUGUGUUCAUAAAGUGAGACGUACGUGACUAUGCUGGGAUUUAUCUGAAUGUAUACAGGACCAAGUGAUCUACAGUGACAUUGGAUUGUAAAUUAAACCUGUCAGUGUUCUGAAAA